UCUCCUUACGCAUAAAUCUCCUCUCUCCUUACGCAUAAAUCUCCUCUCUCCUUACGACGCCGCUGUUGCAUCGUGCCGUGUUCUUUAUCUCGUGAUCGCCGGUGAUCAACAAGAAGACUGAAAGUUUGAUCGCUCUUCUGAGUUUUUUACAUACUAAGGUUUGGUUCUUUGUCUUUGCAAUCUGUUUCUCCCAAUCGUUUUAGGGUUUCUUUAUGGUCAUCAACCUUUUAUGGAUCACCGAGAAGCUUUGAUCGCCGAGGAAUGUGUUGCGAUGAUGAUUGAAUCCGGUUUAUUUGCUUGUCCUUGGUGGAAUUUUAGUGUUACAUUCUUAGAUUUCCUUUUAUUUUGUUUGCUUUUACUGGACGACUGGCGAUUGGAUUUCCAGAUUCUCUCUUGUAACUGGUUACCGAUGGCAGUUGACGGGGUGUGGAUAUAAGGGAGAUGAGUGUUUCGUUGUCCCAUCUGUGGGGAUAUUUUAUGGGUUUAGUUUUUCUAUUUGGAUGGAUCCAAAUUUACCUUUUUUAUUAGCGUUCAUUGUGGAGAUUCCGCACAGUUGAGGAUCUGGAAAUCUAAGAUUAACGGCUUUAUAUUGUGAUCCUUGGCCAUGCUUUCUGUGACUCCGAUCAGGGUGUUCGUUUUGAUCGCGUUUGUCGGGUCAGAGAAAAUUGAAUGGCCAUAGAUGGUAGAUAUUGAUUGAUGUAGCAUCUGUAUGGUUCAGUUCGUUCAUUCGUUAUCGUGUUUUGUCGUUCUAGCAUGGUAGCUGAGAUUUCGACCAUUCAUACACAACAUGGAGGAGGACCUGUGCGCAGAAAUGUUGUUUGUCACUUCUGGAUGCUGGGAAAGUGUAAUAGAAAUCCUUGUAGAUUCAUGCACAGAGAAUUGCCACAUCAUAACGUUUACCAGAGAACCUCUAAGCAACCAAAUGUUUUAGCGGACGCACAAUCUAUGAAGCGCUCUAGGUAUGGCCUCGGAAAUCCAGAGGCUUUGAGUGGUGGAUCUGAAGCUAAAACUGCACAGAAGAGCUCCAAUCAUGUUAUUAAGCACUGGCCUAGUAAACGCUCCAAUAUUCGCAAUUCUUUGGCUUCAGCUACUGGAGAUGGUGGGUCUGAGUAUAAAUAUACUCAAGAGAGCAUCAGUUCAGGCACCAAUAUGGAGUUGGAUAAUGUGAAGAAGAUAAGAGAAUCCAACAAGUGCUCUAAUUCAUCAGAUCUGAUUGCUGAAGGUGAUGCUUCUGAAGCUAGCUCAAAAAAGGCAUGUGAACACUGGAUGUCAAACAAUUGUAUUAAAGGUGAUAGGUGCCAGUACUUGCAUUCAUUGUUCUUUGGAGAUUGGUUUUCACUGCUGGCAAAGCUCGAGGGGCACACAGAGGGUGUCUCCGGGGUAGCAUUUCCUUCAGGAUCUGACAAGCUUUACUCAGGCAGCAGUGAUGGGACAGUACGUGUUUGGGAUUGCCAUACUGGUCAGUCCUCAAGGGUGUUAAAUCUUGGUGAUAAAAUCGGGUCUUUAACCAGUGAAGGCCCAUGGAUAUUUGUAGGUUUGCCAAAUGUUGUCAAGGCAUGGAACAUUGAGACAGCUGCUGAAUAUAAUCUUAAUGGACCAGUUGGGCAAGUUCAUGCUAUGGCUGUUGCUUUUGAUAUUCUUUUUGCUGGGUCACAGGAUGGUGUCAUUUUGGCAUGGAAAGGGAGUAAUGAGAACCCAAAUCUUUUUGAACCGGCCACAUCUUUGAAAGGCCAUACUGGUGCUGUGAUAUGCUUAACUGUUGGCAAGAAGAGGCUCUACUCUGGCUCCACUGACAAUUCGAUUAGGGUGUGGGACCUCGAUUAUUUACAAUGUAUUCAUACGCUCAAUGGUCAUGUUGAUGCUGUGACGUCUCUUAUUUGCUGGAAUGAAUAUCUACUAUCGUGUUCUUUAGACCGGACAAUAAAAGUCUGGGCUGCUACUGAAGAUGACAAUAUAGAGGGUGUUGUUGCUGUUUGCGGGAUAUAUGACACAGAAGCCAAACCAGUUUUGCUCUGCUCUUGCAAUGACAAUACUGUUCACCUAUACGAUUUACCAUCAUUCAAAGAGAGAGGCAGGAUAUUUUCAAAAGACGAAGUGAGGACAAUGGAGAUGGGUCCUAAUGGUAUUUUCUUCACGGGUGAUGGAGCAGGAUUGCUUAACGUUUGGAAGAUAGCUGAAUCACAUCUAAUAGUUCCACAAGUGGCUUAGAGUGUGUGUGUAUACAAAUAAUUCAACGCAGUCCCCAUGUUUUUAAGUUGGGUUCUGGGUAAAUAGUUAGGCAGAAUGUAUCUCAUUGUAGACUAUUUAUUAAUAAAAAUUUUAUUUUUUUU